CCAUCACCGUACCGUGGCUUAAACUUCAACCUCUAUUCUCUCUGUUUUUUUUUUCAACAUGGAAGAGGGAGACCAAAAGGAGCUUCAGCUUCUCCCUUCACAGCUUUCCAUAGCUUCUUCUUCUUCCUCGUCUUCUUUAUUGGAUUCUUCAUUGAGGUACAAAUCAUCAGUGGUGUCUGAUCACCACCACCAUCACAAUCAGUUUGGAGGGCCAUCACUGGACUUGCAACUAUCGAUAAGUGUGAGGCCAAUCCAGGCACAAUCUAACUGUGUUUUAACAGGUCCCAUUUGUGAUUUGAGCGAUGUGAAGACGGAUACGAGCUGCGUUGAGGCCUUGAAAUGGCAGGCUGCUGAGCAAGUUAAAUUGGCAGCAAUUGAAAAGGCUUAUGCAGAGAGAGUAAGGGACCUUACAAGGAGGGAGAUGGAGUUGGCGCAGUCAGAGUUUGCAAGGGCUAGACAUAUGUGGCAAAGAGCUAGAGAGGAAGUGGAAAAAGCUGAGAGAAUGAAAGAGAAAGCUACAAGGCAGAUAGAUUCUACGUGCAUGGAGAUCACUUGCCAGUCUUGCAGGCAAAGGUUCAAGCCUUGAAUUGAUAUCAUAUCAUGCCUUUAUGAGAUUGAGAUGAACUUUUAAACCUUUCAUGAUGAAGAAAAGUUGGAGUUAUUCUAGAGACAAAGUUAUCGAGUCUGGAUUAUAUUUGGGUAUUGGAUUCCUUCUAUUUCUUCUUUCAACAAUGGAGGGGAUAAGAUUGAUGAAAAGCACACAGCAUAAGUGGCAAGACUGAAAAGUUUCCAAUGAUAAUGCCCAUUCUGUAUUUUAUCAUUUGUGAUGUGUAUGUUGAUGAAAAAAAAUUAUUGGCUGCAAAAUUUAUUUCAA